AGCUUGUGCCUCCUUCAUUGCUGAGAAUGCUCCUUAUGGUAGUAUUUUGUUGUUGAAUUCUCAUAAAUCACUAAUGGAAACUUUCAAAUUAGAAUAGAAACAGUAGCUAACACAAUUUAAUCAGUAUGAUAAUAAAUUUGAACCACGUGAAUGCAUCAUACAUUGUGCAGUAAACUUGAAAGCAAAAUCGAGGUUGACAGACAUGAACAUCACAGCUCCGUUUCAGACAAGCAUACGUCUGAAACACUAAGAAGUCCACUCAAAAGCUUAUUUAUGCUUACCAAUGACAGCGGGAUUGGAGAGAAAGUCACCAAGUUGAUGACGGAGAAGUCGCCUGUACCAAAUAGCGACAUAAAGGAAGACACUAAUUCAAGUCAGAAAGCAAGUUCUGAUGCAAGCAGGUCAAAGAAAGUGCAAGAAAAUGACAUGGUGAUAGGAAAACACUAUUUUAACAUAGGUAUGAGAGAGGACGUCAUGUUGCAGGAUUGCUAUCACUCACACAUGAAGCAUUCUUUCCCCGACAUUGAUUAUGCUUUCCUUGGUUACGAUUUAUUUCGGGGAUAUCCACUAGCCCAUGGUCAUGAUCCUGGUUUUAUGUUUCCUAUCUUUCAUGCUGACUAUACACACGGGAAACAGACUGCUGAUUGCAGGUACAGCGUUCCUAAAGGUCUUGUCAUAGUGCCAGACGUAUCUUGUGUUACGUCCUUCACCUCUGAGAUUAUAGAGAACAGCAAGCAAUUAAAUCAGGAGUUGUCUGUACAUGCUGACGCCGGUGGCGUCGGAUUUGGAGUCGAAUUCUUGGCAAGUGUUGGAUAUCGACAGGCAUCUUCUGAUUUGUCGACUCAUAAAUCAGUUUACAUAAUAUCCUCAGCACGUUGCAAUUACUAUUUCAGCAAGUUUCAGGCAGAAAAUCCCCCGCCCUUUACAGAUAUCUUCGUUAAUUGGAUAGAAAAACUGAACACUACAUCAAGUAAUUCAACAUAUCUCGACUUCUUUCAUUCCUUUGGCACACACUUUCCUAAAGAAAUAAUAUUCGGUGCAAGGUAUAUUUACGAACACAAAAUGAAAAGUUCGUUAUAUGAAAAGAAACGAAACAAUGGUGUAAAUGUUAAAGAACAAGCAAGUAACAGUGGGCUAAUCCGCGUUAGCGGUGGCGUUGGUCUUUCAAAAGAACAGAAAGAAAAAGCUUCCGAGUUCUCAAACUCUGUUGAAACAAUCACAAUUACUGUAGGGGCAGCUCCGCCAAGUAAUGGGGAUGCAAUGACAUGGGCUGCUUCUGUCCAAAGCAACCCAGUACCGUCAAAAUAUAAACAGGAGCCAAUUGAAAAUCUGUUUAGUGAAGAGUACAUGGGCACGCUUGGUGUUGACUACGAGGCUAUAUCAGUCAACCUAAAGGCAUUGAAGGAAAAAUAUUACGAAAGUCUUGCGUCUGAAGAUCUAUAUAACCAAAUAAACGAUAUGUCCAACGAACGUCUUACUAAAAUACUAACUGUUGAAAAUGGUGGACAGUAUGGCUCUUGGGGCUAACACCCC